AUGACUCGCAGCAACGUGCCUGCAGGACCUCCUGCCUCAGCGGCAGACGUCCACCCUGGGCGCAUCAACGUAGGUCAGCAUUUGCCGUAUACCGGUAGAGAAGUUGAAAUCUUCUCGCGUUAUGGCUACUUCUACCCCCCGGGCUACCUCCCGAAUACGACCUAUGCCGGAUUCAGAGGACUGGCCACCCAACUCACAUCCACGCAGUUCGGCAUGAAGCCCACGUACUUCCGCUCCUUUGGGAUCGGGGCCGCGAAGCUUUUCGGGUGUUUCCUUCUGUUUUACCUGCCGCUCGACAACCUGUACUGCGACCUCCGCAAGAAGGUGAACCCCCAGAGGAGGGCCCUUUAUCUAGAUACCACAAGCACAGUUGAUCCUCCUACUGUUUUUUCUGUUUUACCUGCCGCUCGACAACCUGUACUGCGACCUCCGCAAGAAGGUGAACCCCCAGAGGAGGACCCUUUAACUAGAUACCACAAGCACAGUUGA